UCCCCUCCAGUCCCAGCUCAGAGACAGGGGGCAGCGGUGGGGAGGCUACAUACGCUGGGGAGGACCAGUGAUACAGCAAAACCGAGACCGAAACGAGGACUCGGUGGAAUGGAUUUAAUCCCUUUACGCCGCCAAUGAGUGACCGCAUUUGCUUUUUUACGCCACCGGACGAAAGGUUGCUUGUUUUAAAUAUUUUUGUUUUCGCUUGAGAGAAUCCAGCAGUUGUGAGUUUAGCUAGCCGGUGAUGGAGACUGGCAGCUAGCUAGAUGACGCUACUCCUCUGUCUGUCUGUCCGGAUAACAUUCAUUUAACACAACCCCAACUCACUCGGCAGCUGCUCUGCUCGUGGCGUGGGUUUAUUGCGGCAAAGUCUAUUGGUGAAGACUCGCAGAAUGAAAGUUUAACGGAGGCUCAAACGGAUACGACUCGUUAGCUGGGGAGCGGGGGCCACUAGGGUAACACCGAGUCCUGUGGAGGGGCUGUAAAUAUUGGCUCAGCUCUGCCUGAUAUUUGAGAGCAGCCGCCCGACUCUUCCUUCAAAUAUUUAUUUAUUUAUUUUUUUUUGGUCGUGUCGUCUGUUGCACCGCAGCUUUGUCAAAACGGCGCCGCUAACGAGCAGCAACCUCACUGCGUACCGUCAGAGACCAACCACCGCCCGGUUUCUCUCCAAAUGCAUCACCCGGAGCCCGCAGGAGACUCUGGCGGUGUCAGAAAGAUGGCGCACCCGGCCCUCUUCCACAGGAGGGGCAGCAACACGGGCAGCGGGAGCGGCCCCGCGCUGUCAACGCCGGCGAACCCGGUGGUCAAUAACAGCCACGUCUCAGCCGAAGAUUAUCAGCCCUCCCUGUUGAUUCAGUGCCAGCCCCCUGCCGGUUCAUCCUCCCCGGGUCCUCAUCAUCCUCCUCCCCACAGCCUGAGCCUGCAGCCCCAGCCCACACAGUCCACCGGAGCUCAGAUGACGAAGAAGAAGAGUGGCUUCCAGAUAACAAGUGUGACUCCAGCACAAGUAUCUGUUAGCACCAACAACAGUAUUGCAGAGGACACCGAGAGCUACGACGACUUGGAUGAGUCCCACACGGAGGAUCUGUCCUCCUCUGAAAUCCUCGACGUUUCCCUCUCCCGGGCUAAUGACGUAGUUGGAGCGGAGAGGAGCUCUUCAGAGGAGACGCUGAAUAAUUUCCACGAGGCGGAGACCCCCGGAGCCGUCUCCCCCAACCAGCCUUCGCACCCCCACGCCCUGAACCAGGGGCAGCAGCAUGGGGUCGGCAUGGUGAACGGGACUGUGCACCAUCACCAUCCUCAUCGUCCUAGCCAUGCCCAGGUCUACCCUCUUUCCUCUGGACCCGGGAGCACCCCGUCUGCCCUCGCCUCCGGAGCUUUACCUUGUGUCACCCAGAAAAUGCCUUCUAAUGUGGGGGGCCCUCAAGAGAAUGUGUCCCUGGCUGCCCCCCAGAGUAUUGUUGCUCAGCCCGUGGGGAUCGUGGCCCCGGGAUCUGCCCCUGGAAUGCACAGCUCUGCUACUGGCACUACAGUUAGCAUAGUUAAUCCCCAGACCAGCAGUGUUAGUAAUGUGAAUAUGUUGAGCUCUGCCAACGUGCCUGUGAGAGGGGGGAUCAGCACGAGUGCUAGCAGUAGCAGUGGUGGUUUUCCUCUCAAUGUUAUCAGCAGCAGUGGGGGGAGUGGAGGAGGAGGCGGCGGCGGCGGCGGUGGUGGUGUUCCAACUGGGGGUAACCUUAUGACCACCACUAACAUUAGUAUGAUCCAGCAACACCAAAACGUCAACUCCAACAUCACUAUGGCUACUACAAACGCUGCUGCUGCUGCUGCUGCUGCUGUCAGUGCCUCUGGAGGCGUGGGGCUCCCCAGCGGGAUCCAGGGGAGAGUUGGAUCAGCUGUGCUGCAGCCCGCGAGUGCUCCCGUUACAGCUGUGGCCGCGGCUCCUGUAUCUUCAGCUCCGGCCCCCGCCGUGACCACCACCAGCUCUCGCUUCAGGGUGGUGAAGCUGGACUCUAGCUCUGAGCCGUUCAAGAAGGGCAGAUGGACAUGCACUGAAUUCUACGACAAGGAGACCCCGGCCUCCGCCUCCGCUUCUUCUGCGUCGGACGCGGGGUCUCACAGCGUACGUCAGUUCGUCUCUGAGAGCUUCGCCGGGGCCUCCGAGAGGGAAAGCACAAGCGGUAGUUCUGUGAGUAGUACCAUGAGUACAUUGAGCCAUUACAUUGAGGGCACAUGUAGCGGAGAGGCUGGUGGGCCCACAUUGUCCCAGCAUGCCCAGGAUUACGCGUCCCCUCCUCAGGGCUAUCAAGGAAUCAUCCCCAGUGGCUUAAGCAUGGGAGUAUCUCAACCCCAGCCUCAGAUGCACUCCCAGGAUAUCACCCAUCCACAUGUGAAGACUUCUGUUGCCCCAUCAGCUCCCACAAACCAGACCACCAUUGGACUUCCUACCCCCGCUGUGACCCAGCAGCAGCUCACCUACGCUCAAGUUGCUAGUCAGCCCCCAGGAACCGCACAGGGCAUGGUGGGCGUCCAGCAGCCGAAGUUAGGCUAUCCCACCCCCCCACAGCAACCAGCUGCUACCCAACAACCACCCGCAGGGUCGAUGAGGCCACCCGAGUACACCCAGUCACAGCAAAGUGUACCCCAGGCUGCUGCUUCGCAACCCCUGUCCAACCAGGCCGGGUCAGCUCCUUCUGGACCUGCUAAUGGAGUUUGCCAGAUGAUGGGUGGUCCUCCGCAGACACAGGCACUCCUUCACACGCAGCCCCCCUCUCAAAAGGCCGCCACGUCCAGUGUGCCCUCUCAUGUUGGCAUAGGAGGUCUUGGCCAGCAGCCCCAGAGCCACCCAAGCCACCUGGAUUGCCAGCAGCAGAAGCCACAGUCACUCCCAACGCAUGUCCAAACCCCAGGCCUGCCCACGACAGUCCACCAGAGCCAAGCACCCGCACCGAGCGUGCCUCCUAAUCCACAGAGUGAUCAUCAGGCCCAGCCUCAAGCGCCCAACAGCGGGAAUAGUGCUCGGAUGCCCCUGCAAGGGGUUCCCCAUAGUCAGCCAUCCUCUGUUAGCCUGACCCAGGACCACAGCAGCAUCCAGGCCUUGGCUCAUGCCGCCCAGGCCAGUGCCCUCUACGCUAGCCUGCCCACCUUCACCACCACCCAGCUGCAGGAUGCUCAGCGGCUGCUCAUGCAGCAUCAGUCAGCUCUGUUGCGAUCCAACACUGGCCAAGGUCAGGAAACCGAGGGCAACGCCACCACCACCAGUGCCUUAACUGCACCAGGUCUCAAGUCUGUAGAUGGAGAGGAGGAUGGUUCGUCUGGAGCCAGCGUUGUGGCCAUAGACAACAAGAUUGAGCAGGCAAUGGACCUGGUGAAAAGUCACCUGAUGUACGCCGUGCGUGAGGAGGUGGAGGUCCUGAAGGAGCAGAUCAAGGAACUGAUCGAGCGUAACUCCCAGCUGGAGCAGGAGAACACGCUGCUGAAGACUCUGGCCAGCCCAGAGCAGAUGGCCCAGUUCCAGGCCCAGGUUCAGACCGGUUCCCCGCCCGCCCCCGCGACGGCCGCCACGCCGGGACCCCCGAGCACCGCCGCCCUCGCCCAGCCCGCCUCGCACAGCUCCGGUCCCUCGGCGUAGCCCGGGUCUGAACGCAACAGACUUGACUAACUUGACAGUUUUCUGAGUUCUGCUGCAGCUGCAGAGCCAAACUUUGCCUUCUACAGCUGGAGGUCGCGCUGUUAAGACAAGAAUUUGCACAUAUUUAUCUCAGAAGGAUGCGGCCAGCGGGACGAGCGGCGCUGCGCUUUAAGGAACAGUGGAGGGCGACAAUCUCAUGACGCUUCAUGGGGGGGUUGUUUUCUGAAGAGGAUCUGUCAUCGAACAUUUGCCAAAUAACCCUUGGUCAUCAAGUAGAAUGUCUUACCAAGAAGAAACAAAACAGCUUAUCAGUGGCGACAAUAUACGUAAACUAUAGAUUAAAAAAAAAAAAUCACUGUGCCUGUGUCUGGAUUUUAAGUGAUGUCGAUUAUACUGACGGUGGUGAUUGAGCAGUAGGAGAUGGAGGAUUGCAUUUGUUGUUACCCAUUUUGCUGAAUGAUGUAAAUAAAAGUGGUUCUCUCUCAAGGCUAAGUUUCACGUUGAUAGUCUUGAGAGAGAGAGAGAGAGAGAGAGAGACAAAAAGCCUUCUCAGAGUGACAAAUGAAGAAUGUGAGCAACUAUUAUCAUGACAAAGUCCCCAUCUGGAAUGGGGGGAGAUGGGGAGGGAGGGGGGGAGGGAGGGAAGGGGGGGGGUGGCAAUUUUGAACAACACUUUGGCAGCAUUGAUGAUGUUACUUCAACUGUGGGUUGAUGGGAUGAACAAAUCACGGUUUCUUAUGGAGAGGAUGAUAUUCUAUUUUCAGUAUUUCACUUUCCUCAUUUUUGCCCUGGACAAAGCUCAUCAUUGCUGUUUCCUCGACCCUGCGGUGGCAUGUAAUUUAAACUUUUACUGUGAGGGUUGAGACAUUGGGCUAAAGCUGCAUUUACUUUUUUUUUUUUUUUUUCCUAAAAAGUUUGAUGGGCAGAAGAUGAUGUAUAUUUCUGUAUAGUGUAAGUACCUUGUAAAAUAGCGAGGAGGAGGAGGAGGAGGAGAAGAAGAAAAACAACAGAUGCUAUCUAGGUCACACGGAUUGAUUCAGAUGAGCGAGGAAUGCGCUGGUCUUGCCCAGUCUGUGUCAUCUAUUUUUAAUGCUGUAUUUUCAGGACCGUCGACCGGCAGGAGUUUGGGUUAUUUAACUGAUGACACGCAGCCAACAACGUGGUCCAUACCCCUAACUACAACAUUAACUGUAAAACCAUUCUCACUCUGCUCUCUCUGUUUCUCUAUGGACUAUUGCACCUUCUUUCCUUUUUUUUUUUUUUUUUGACAGUGAAGUAGUUUUUGGAUCAAUUACUUAAGGAAAAAAAAAACCACACACACAAACUGGAGAUGUUCUUUCUUUUUUCACUCUGUGUAUCAGUUGUAUGCUCAUGUUCUGUGCAUGUUUUCCGCAAAGACCGGAUGAGAUAUUGUAACAUACAUACCCCCAACUGCACUUGACAGCUGCACUUCACAACUUUCAAUAAACGUGCUUACUGAAGAGUAA